CAUAUUUAUAGCUCCUCUCAUGGUACAAUUGCACUAAAAUUCGAACGCUCGCUUCAUUCUGCCGCCACUGGCAGAACUGAUCUGACGUUCGAACGUUGUAGCUUGUUGGUUCAAAGGCGAUGUACGAAGUAAUAGAUAAUGUUUUCUUGGUUACUGGAGGUGCGAGCGGAAUUGGUGCGGGAAUUGUAAGAGCAGUUUUGGAUCGCGGUGCAAAGCAUGUCGUCAUCUUAGAUGUCGACGUCGUUCAAGGAAAGGCACUGGAAAAGGAGCUAAACGACAAACAUGGAAAGAAUAAGGCGAAAUUCAUUGAAUGUGACAUAACAACACAAUUGCAAAACGCUUUCGAUAUUGCGUAUAAAGAAUAUGGUUACAUUGAUGUUGUUAUAAACAAUGCAGGGAUUAUGAAUGAUGGUCCAAGAGUAUAUGAAAAAGAAAUCGCCGUUAAUGUGACUGCAUUGAUAACGAGCACCCUAAAGGCGUUUGAAUGGAUGCGCAGAGACAAGAGGGGUAAGGGGGGUACGAUUAUCAAUAUUUCGUCUAUAGUUGGAUUGAUACAAACUCCGUUACUACCGAUAUACAGUGCCACGAAGAGCGCAGUUUUACAAUUCAGCAAUUGUUUUGGGAUGGAGCAAAAUUUCAAAGUAUUCGGAGUUCGUGUUGUAACUGUAUGCUUCGGUUGUACCGACACCUCACUAUUGGAUCCUCAAAAACUUGGUGGUUUCAUAAAAGAUAUCGAUGAAAACAUAACGAUCGGUAUAAACAAACUGCCUCUGCAAAGUGUGCAGUCUGCGAUCGAAGGAUUACUAACCGCGUACAGUCAUGGUAACAGCGGAAGCACUUGGCUCGUGACCUCAAACAGGCCGGCUGAAGAAAUAACGGAAAAUGUUAAAAAUGCAUACAAAACGUUAAGUCAGGGAGUAUUCUUAUUGCCCAGACAUCGUUUGGUGAUAAUGUUAGAUAUUAAAAACAAAGUGAUAAUAAUAACUGGCGGAGCCAAUGGAAUCGGAGCAGCUACUGUUGAAAUAUUCUUAGAAAAUGGGGCAAAGCAGGUAGCGGUAUUGGACAUCGGUGCUAACUCCUUAUUCAAACUGGAAGAAAAAUUAAGCCAAAAAUUCGAUAAAAGUAAAGUGAAAUUUAUAAAAUGUGACGUAACUAAAGACAAUGAACUCUAUGAAGCAUUUGAUUCAGUUCAGAAAGAAAACGAUCAAAUAGACGUUGUUAUUAACAAUGCUGCUAUAGGUCAAGAAACGAUGGACAGUUAUAAAAAACUUAUUGAAGUUAAUUAUACAGCACUAGUUACGAGUACUCUAAAAGCUUUAAAAGUAAUGAGAAAGGAUACUGGCGGCAAAGGAGGGACAAUAAUAAAUAUUUCCUCUGUCGCGGCUUUAGAUCAACCGUCUCCGAGUUACUUUAUUUAUUGCGGCAGUAAAAGUGCGGUACUUCAGUUCAGUAAUUGUAUUGGUAAGCAAGAAUAUUAUUCAAUAACUGGAGUAAGAGUGUUAACUAUAUGCUUUGGUGCUACCAAUUCAGACAUGAUACCAAAUAUGAGAAGUUUCGACCCAAUCGUCGAUGAAAAAAAGGACUCUAUCAGCAACAACUUUCCCAGUCAAACCGUGAGGUCAGCAGCUGAGGGUAUGGCCCAAGUUUAUCAGCAUGGUACCAGUGGAGAUACCUGGCUUGUUAACAACAAUAAACCUGCUAUAAACAUAACUGAAAAAGUUAAAAAAGCUCACCAUAUUUUAUCUGAAGACUUAUUUUCCUUGUCAGUGAUAAUAACGAAAUCAACUGCUAUUAAAUUAAAUAUGGAAGAAAAUUUUAUUUUUGAAGGCAAAGUGGUUGUAGUGACUGGAGGUGCUACUGGCAUUGGUGCUGGAUUGAUCCGGAGUAUAUUGUCACACAAUGCUAGGCAUGUCACAUUUCUCGACCUGGCGGAACGUGAAAGCGAAGCUUUAGAGAGAGAGCUUAAGAAUAAAUUCGGUACACUGAAAGUUAUGUUCAUAAAAUGUGACGUAUCCGAUGAAAAACAAAUGAACGAAGCUUACAACAAGGUGCUAGAUAAAUUUCACAGGCUCGAUAUAGUCAUAAACAAUGCAGCAAUCCUCAGCGCUGAAGAGAAUUUGUACAAGAGAAUGGUUGACGUAAACUUUUAUGCUGUUAUAUCCAGUACUUUAAGAGCCUUAACUACAAUGGCUGUAGAUAGAGGAGGAUCAGGCGGGGUCAUCCUCAACGUAUCUUCUAUGCUGGCUCUUACACCCAGUGAAAAUUUUGCAGUAUAUUCUGCUACUAAGGCAGCUGUUCUACAGUUUACAAAUAGUAUUGCUAUCAAUAAAUCUUACUCCAAAUCAGAAGUUCGGGUAUUGUCAGUUUGUCUCGGACCAACCGACACAGCGAUCCUCCACAAACACAACUCGGAACUUUUCGACAAAGGCUGCACGCAAUGUUUUACUUCGCGAGUUCCAGAAAGACAGAGGGUUGAGUCAGCUGUUAAAGGUAUAAUUGACGUAAUAAAGAAAGCAGAUAAUGGCUCAACGUGGAUAAUAGCUGGUAAUAAGCCUCCUGUAGACAUUACCGUAAGCGUCAGGGAGGGACUUCAAAAUCGUUGCAACGACACCGGAAUAUCGAUGUCCUGUGCUUAUGGAAAAUCAGUGUUGGAAUUUCAUUUGAAAGCCUGAUUCCCUAAUACUUACAAGAAAGGAAUUAUUGAAAAGAAC